AGUUGCACGAAAGUUGGGAAAGAGUAGUGCACGGGGUAGUGAAACUUAGGUUUAGUGGUCAAUUUUAACGGAAUAAUCAGCGAAUUAGGAAUUAUAUUAGUACCUACCACCUAAGCAGUAGUUGUAUUAUACUAUUAUAGAGUAACGCAUAAGUAACAGAAGCAUGGGAGCAAGACAGUCGAAGAGGUCAGUGGAUAUAACGACAACCCCUAAGAAGGGAGAGGGAGAAGUGAUAGCAGAGGGCGAGGGGAAAUUAGAAAAAAUCGGAGAUGCAGAUAUCAAGGCGACUACGAAUGGGGCGGUGCCACAUAUAGAAAUAGAGGAAAAAGAUGAAAACGAGAAAGACGCAGCCGCCGAAAAAGACACGAAAGAAGAAGUGAAGGAAAACGGCCUGUCAGAAUCGGAAGACGCAAAAACGCCGGACGCCGAACAAUCCGAGGAGAACGUGACCGAAAAGACGCCAGAAAGUGGGAACGAGACGAAGAUAGAAGAUACGCCGGAAACGAAAAAACAGAAAGAGAAGAACAAGAAGAAGAAGUGGUCGUUCAGGAGCAUAUCGUUCUCGAAAAAGGACAAGCAGAAGCCCAGCAAAGACAGCGAUAAGAACGGCGAUGUGAAAGAGGUUGCGGAAGAGAAUCCCGAAGAAAUCGCUACAUCCCCGAGCGUUGAAUCGCCGAAAAGCGAAGAACCAAAAUCCGCAGAAGCCGUUACAAACGGAAACGCAUCAGCCGAAGAAAUCGCCAAACCCGUCGAGGCCAAAAUCCUUCCCGAAGAAUCCGCUAAAGCCCCCGAGGAACCCAAACCCGACGAACCCAAACCAGCACCCGUCGAGGAACCCAAACCAGCAGUCGUCGAGGAACCCAAAGUUCCCGAACCCGUAGUAGAAAAAUCCGUCGAAUCCGCUCCCUCUCCCGCCAAGGAACAGGAGGAACCCCAACCUGUAGAACCACCAACCCCCGAGGAGACCAAAGAGGUGCGUAACGAGGAGGUUCCCCCACCCUUGCCUUCCUCCAAUCCCCCAUCCUCGGUGACGGUAUUCGCCGAAUCCACUAAAGCAGACGCUCUCGCUGCCGAUCAAGUGCCUGUCCUCGAACCUUCGAUAGCCGAGUCUCCACCUAGAGCAGCUUCUUCUCCAAUCGCUAAAGCCGUUAGUGAACCGCUCCCUGUGGUCGAGACUCUGGAAGAAUCUUUGCCUGAGAAGGUUCCAGAAACGCUGCUCGUCCACUCUGAUACUACUGUGCCAAAAGACAUUGGAACACGAGAGACUGAACAAGAACCUGUCACUGUCCCAAGUCCCGUACAGGUUCUAGAAGAAACUGUCGAAGAAACCCUACCAAAGACUCCUGAAAAGAAAGAAAUUCGUCCUGAACUUCCACUUGAAGAAAAAUCCGAACUUCCAGGAGAAACUAUCACGUCCCUUGUUGAACAAAAGCCAGAUGAAGAAACACCCAAGUCACCCAUUACCUCUAAAACUAUUUUACCUGAAGAACAAACCACCAAGGAAUAUACUUCCGAGGCAGCUCUAGAUAGUCCUAUCAAAGAUCACGCAAAUACUCCUGAAUCUUCUGAGAUAUGUACAAAUAUUUCCCAAUCUUCAAAAACUGUCACUGAUGAACCAGCUACAGUAAUACCCGAAGUAGUUUCUGAAAGUCAAGAAAUGCCCACAGAGUCUGAACCCGAGGAGCUAAAACCUCACAAAUCGAACCCAGCUUCAGUAGAAACCAUCCCCUCUCCACAACCACUUGAAGACACGCCCAAAGAGUCCCUAGAAUCCGUCGAAGCGAAAUCUGAGAUAAUCAGUGAACCUUCUAGUAUCGCUCUAGAACAACCAGAAAGUCUUCCAGAUCUACCGAAAUCACCCGAUUUGUCCUCCGAGUCGCUGCCAUCUCUUCCUGAGCCCGUCUCCGAAUUGGAACCAAUGUCCCUACCACCUGUGGAGUCCGUUCCUGAUCCGAUAGCUACUGACUGCGCAUCAGAACUAUCACUUCCUGACCCGAUAGUUACUGACUGCACGUCAGAGCUACCCCCUCCUGAAGCGGUAGCUACUGAUUGCGCCGGCGCGUCAGAGCUAUCUCCUCCUGAAGCGGUAGCUACCGACUGCGCGCCAGAGCUAUCCCCUCCUGAAGCGGUAGCUACUGACCGCGCGUCAGAGUUACCCCUUCCUGAAGCGGUAGCUACUGACCGCGCGUCAGAGCUAUCCCCUCCUGAAGCGGUAGCAAUUGACCGCGCGUCAGAGCUAUCCCCUCCUGAAGCGGUAGCUACUGAUUGCGCCCGCGCGUCAGAGCUAUCCCCUCCCUCUGACAGUCCGGUCCUAACGAACGGGAGCACCAAUGGACUGCCUUCGCCCAAAGAAGUGGCGGUGACAGCUCGGAAGUCGAUAGAAGGACCAAUCAAACAGGUCCUCGCAGAACCUACAAAUGAAGUGCGACAAGAGGAGGGAGAAAAGAAAGAUUCACCAGUGGAAGCAGCAGCAGUAGAAGAAUAAGGUCUCUAUGAUAAAUACUGUUUUUAUAUUAUACAUAAUGAUUAUGGACUCUUGAUAUCACAUUUUGAAAGAAAGUAGUUGAAAAUUGUCAUUCCUGGCAGUGUUGGGGCUUUCGACCAAAACAGAAGGAAGAUUAACUGCCAUUCAAAUUACAACCUAAAAAAAAAUAAUCAAUGUCCGUCGCGCAACAUUGAAAAAACAAUGUAAUCCAGAAGGUUUAAUACUCCUGAUAUUAAAAUAUUUUAUAUUGUCUUUCGUAGAGGUUUUGGACAAUUUUUUAUAUGUCGUUCAAACGACUUUUUUAUCGUAUACAAUUGUAAAAUAAAAGAGUUAGUAU